UUCAAUGAGAGACUUGCUCAUGAUGGUGGCAAAUAUUGUGUUUUCGAGUAUGCUUAAAAAAUAAACGGACGAUUUGUUUCUAAGGUGGAAAGACGAUGGGGAAGCAUGAUACGAAAGCUUACAAGAAUAAAAGUAUCGAAAGAAGAUCAUCAAGCUUUAGUAAUGCAGGGAGCUCUGUCAAAGGUCAUGGCUUUGCCCUUGCCAGAAAGAGGAAAUUUUUAAAGAAAUAUGGAAAAUCAAUGCAAAGAGGUUUACAAAAAGAUUUAAAGGCUGAUACCACCUCAGACCAAGAUUCACUGAAACUUCAAAAAAGAAAAUCAAUCUCAAAUGAGCUAAUUGCUGCAAGAGAAAAAUUUAAGGAGGAUGAAAAGGCUAGGGAGCAAAGAAAAAAGGAUAUUGCAGAAGCAAAAAAAGCCCAUCAGGAGGAAGUUGCAAAAAAUGUUCAAAAACGCAGAAAAGUGAGCAAAGACCUGAGUAAAAGGACUAAAAAAGGACAACCAGUUAUGAAAAAUCAAAUUAUGUUUAUGCUGGAUAAGAUAAAAAGUAAUAAAUAGUAUUUCAACAUAUUGUCAAUUGCAAGCAGUUUAACACAUACUAAAUACAUGCAUAAAGGUUUUUCAAAAGCCUUUGCUGUUAUUUGAUUGUCUGUGGAUAACAGGGCGAUAGCUACUAUUUUACAUUGGUUUAUAAAAAUCAUGAAAAUUCUCUUGUUUCC